CAAACCCCACAGAAAAUGUCACUCCCAAAAAUUCUUAUUCUGUUUUCCUGUGAAAAGGUCACACACAGUGAGACUUGUCAUACUCUGAACAGCCUGCUGUAUUUCUUUAAGCCAGAUGGUGUGAUUUGUCUCAUUACAUUAGUAUGUGAGCAAACAAAUCACCUGGGAAGAAACAGCAAGGUAGGAUCCUCAUUCAGACUUUUACCCCAAUAUUGCAAACAUUAAAGAUUGAUGACUGUCUCUAAAUAAGAUUUUUAACUUGUCAUUUGUUUUCUAUGACCCUGCCUAUUAUAGAUUAAUUUGAUAGUUUUGCUAAUGGUAGUCUUAGUUCUAAAUUUAAAUAUUACCUUUUCUGUAGGUGCAAAGGGAAAUCCCAAUGUGAAAGCCUUACCAAAAAUCAACGAAAAAUCUGAAGUGACCAAAACAAACAGUUCAUCUGAUCAGAGUGAUCAAUUGAAUGAUGAGAAAAUUACAGGUAUGGAAGAAAAUGAAGACAUCAGGGAAAAAAGCACUAUGCUGUUGAGGGAAUCUCUGCAUAUCAGCUCUGAAAGUAAAGAAAGUUUGAGAAACAGUGAGACUACUUCAGGAAUGACUCUGCCUACAGGUGUCUCUACCUUUCUACUGCACUGUUUGGACAUGGAUUCCAGUACAGAGUCUACUGAUAGCAUGAACAGUUGCCCAUCACCUGAAAUAUUCAGGGAUGAAGACAGUUUAGACAGAAAUAAUUCCAAUCCUGAGGAGUUUCUCAAAUAUAAGAAUUCUACUCUCCUGGACACCAGCAAAGCAGUGACCAUAGAUAAGAUGCCACAGCUUUCAAAUCUUUCAGAGAUAUUGGAGCCCAUAUCAGAGGGUCAUCAAGACCAAAACAUUGGGAGAGAGUCACCAUCAAAAUGCAUUAAAGAUUCUUCUGACUUGAUGAGUGUUUCAACAGUUGUAGCAGGAAAACAAGUGUGCAGAUUUGUGUCUAUUAUGGAAAAAACUCCGGAUAUAAAAAUCAGUACAUUCUCUUCAUUACCUGCAAGACCAAAGAGACAGCUUGAUAACCAAACUGCUAAUCCUAAAAACAUGAAGUGCCGAAAAAAAGUAAAAUUCAGCAGCCUGUUAAAGAGUGACACAUCUUCAUGCCAUCAGCAUGUAUCUCCUGCAGAAUGUAUUUCAACUAAAUCAUAUGAGUUGACCGCAGAAGUGCUGCCAUCCAAACAACGAGACAUUGAGAUGGAAAUGAAUUCUAAAGUAUUGAUCACAGAAAAAAAUAGACAAUUGCUAACAAGCACAGCAUACUUUCAGCCAGAAGAAUUAGAGUCUCUGCAUAACAAAGAAACACAAAACAAGAAAUCAGAUACAAAAAACAAAGAAAUCUGCUCGAUUAUUAAAACUUCACCAGGGCUUAGGGUCUCCAUGGUUCACCGAACUCCAGUAACCAGAAACACAUUGCAUCCCCCUGAAGGAAUACCUGAAGAUGUUAUUACAAGUACCAAAAACUGGGUCUACAGUGACCAGGGAUGAGCUCUUUGGUUUUCUUCAGGAGUCAAAUGAAAGAAUUAAAGGUCCCACUGUAAGGGGCAGAAGUAUAUGAUCACGAUAUAGAAGAGGAGGCUCACAGAAGUGUAACUUGCAUUGUAUAAUGUAGUCCAUUAUCUAUAGAUGUCAGUUGUUGAGGCAUCAUUUGAAAUGGCCUGUUCAUACAUGCCUUGCAGGAAGUUCUUAAUGAUUUGUUUAAAAAAAUUGUACAAAUAAGUAAUAUUUUGACUCAGGCAGUGUUCUCUAGGAUAUAUUCAAUUAAUUGAAAAAAUAUGCAUGGAGGGCUGGGUGAUUAAAUUGUAUUCAAUAGAAACAUUUGGAUUGAUAUGUGAACUUGCUAAUAUUUAUAAAGAAAAU